GCUUUUAACUUUCACACCGUAACUUAUUUCAUUUUAAACCCGUCACAAUGCUUUCUGCUCGCGCGCCUCUGUCCGCGAAGAAGGAGAACUCUCUCAGCAGUGAGAUGAACAAGAUGGCGCUGGACAAAGAAAACACGCCCCCGAGCCUGAACACCACGCGCAUUUUAGCGUCUAAAACCGCGCGGAAAAUCUUCUCCGACUCAGAGCCCAAAGCGAUGAAGAAGAUUGAGGAAGAGGAGCCGCUGCUGAAGGAGAACCCUCGGCGCUUCGUGGUCUUCCCGAUCCAGUACCACGACAUCUGGCAGAUGUACAAGAAGGCCGAGGCGUCGUUCUGGACCGCGGAGGAGGUGGAUCUGUCCAAGGACGUGCAGCACUGGGAGGCUCUGAAGGACGACGAGAGGUUCUUCAUCUCUCACGUGUUGGCCUUCUUCGCCGCCAGCGACGGCAUCGUCAACGAGAACCUGGUGGAGCGCUUCUCACAGGAGGUGCAGGUGACGGAGGCCAGGUGUUUCUAUGGUUUCCAGAUCGCCAUGGAGAACAUCCACUCAGAGAUGUACAGCCUCCUGAUCAACACCUACAUCAAGGAGCCCGCAGAGAGAGAGUUCCUGUUUAACGCCGUGGAGACGCUGCCCUGCGUGAAGAAGAAGGCCGACUGGGCCAUCAACUGGAUCGGGAACAAGAGCGCCAACUACGGAGAGCGCGUGGUGGCCUUCGCGGCCGUGGAGGGGAUCUUCUUCUCCGGGUCCUUCGCUGCCAUCUUCUGGCUGAAGAAGAGAGGCCUGAUGCCCGGACUCACCUUCUCCAACGAGCUCAUCAGCAGAGACGAGGGUCUUCACUGUGACUUUGCCUGUCUGAUGUUCAAACACCUGGUGAACAAACCGUCUGAAGACACCGUCAGUGACAUCAUCAGGGACGCCGUGACCAUCGAGCAGGAGUUCCUGACGGAGUCUCUGCCCGUCAAACUGAUCGGGAUGAACUGCGAUCUGAUGAAGCAAUACAUCGAGUUCGUGGCUGACCGCCUGAUGCUGGAGCUGGGCUUCUCCAAGAUCUUCCGCGCGGAGAACCCCUUCGACUUCAUGGAGAACAUUUCUCUGGAGGGCAAGACCAACUUCUUCGAGAAGCGCGUGGGCGAAUACCAGAGGAUGGGCGUGAUGUCGGGGACCAGCGACAACACCUUCAGGCUGGACGCUGACUUCUGAGGCCCUGAACGCACCACGGAGAGGCCCUGAACGCACCACGGAGAGACCCUGAACGCACCACGGAGAGAGACCCUGAACGCACCACGGAGAGAGACCCUGAACGCACCACGGAGAGAGACCCUGAACGCACCACACAGGCCCUGAACACACCACGGAGAGACCCUGAAUGCACCCCGGAGAGAGACCCUGAACGCACCCUGGAGAGACCCUGAACGCACCCUGGAGAGACCCUGAACGCACCACGGAGAGAGGCCCUGAACGCACCCCGGAGAGAGACCCUGAACGCCCCACACAGACCCAGAGAGAGACAGAAACCUCUCCUUUAACCUCCUCUCUGAUCUGCACAGUAUUUAAUCCCGAGAGGAAGACCUACUUAGUUUUUAUCUAACGUGCUAUAUUAGUAUGUUUCUAUAGAACGACCUGAUGUGUUUUUAGUUACGCUUUGUACAGUUUUUGUAAUAAAA